UCGGUUACUACUACUACUACUACUACAACACAAUGGCAAAACUUGAAGUUGUUGCAGUACUCGCUAUGGUGGUGAUGGUAGCAUUUGUUGAGGUUGCUAGCUACCGAACCAUCAUCACCACUGUCACCGAGAAGGUUAAUGAUGGUUGUUACACUUAUGACGACCACACUACUUGUUGUGUAUUUGGGGACUUCUCUUAUUGCUUCCCGACCCUGAAAAAGCUGAGCCACUGCCAGAUGCACCUCCUCGAUAACAAGCCCAUGGUGGAACAACAACGCCUUAACCUGUGCUGCAACCAGCUUAAGGAAGUGGAGGAGGAUUCUCAGUGUGAGGCGAUCAAACAGGUGGUGAAACAAGUUCCGAAGCAGCAGCAUGGCGGACAGCUACUGCAGGUGUUGAAGAAGGCUCAGAUGCUCCCCAACCAAUGCAACAUCAAAUGCUCAGUCGGAACCGAGCAGGUUAAUGAUGGUUGUUACGCUUAUGAUGACCACACUACUUGUUGUGUAUUUGGGGACUUCUCUUAUUGCUUCCCGACCCUGAAAAAGUUGAGCCACUGCCAGAUGCACCUCCUCGAUAACAAGCCCAUGGUGGAACAACAAAGCCUUAACCUGUGCUGCAACCAGCUUAAGGAAGUGGAGGAGGAUUCUCAGUGUGAGGCGAUCAAACAGGUGGUGAAACAAGUUCCGAAGCAGCAGCAUGGCGGAAAGCUACUACAGGUGUUGAAGAAGGCUCAGAUGCUCCCCAACCAAUGCAACAUCAAAUGCUCAGUCGGAACCGAGCAGGUUAAUGAUGGUUGUUACGCUUAUGACGACCACACUACUUGUUGUGCAUUUGGGGACUUCUCUUAUUGCUUCCCGACCCUGAAAAAGUUGAGCCACUGCCAGAUGCACCUCCUCGAUAACAAGCCCAUGGUGGAACAACAACGCCUUAACCUGUGCUGCAACCAGCUUAAGGAAGUGGAGGAGGAUUCUCAGUGUGAGGCGAUCAAACAGGUGGUGAAACAAGUUCCGAAGCAACAGCAUGGCGGACAGCUACUGCAGGUGUUGAAGAAGGCUCAGAUGCUCCCCAACCAAUGCAAAAUCAAAUGCUCAGUCGGAACCGAGCAGGUUAAUGAUGGUUGUUACGCUUAUGACGACCACACUACUUGUUGUGUAUUUGGGGACUUCUCUUAUUGCUUCCCGACCCUGAAAAAGCUGAGCCACUGCCAGAUGUGUAACACCCCGUGUUUUCCAAAAGUCAAAGUCAAAGUCAAGUGUUGACUGUUAUUGGAAUUAAAGAUUA